CGGGGCUUGUCGCCGUGACGCUCAGCCGGGCCUUGUGGAGUGCGAGUCUCUGCUGCGGACGCCGGGGGCUGGCGCGGCGUUGGCCGCCCCCGGCCUCGCCGAGUGCAGCGCGCCCGAAGGCCAGUGCCUGCGCUCCGUCCGCGGCCCGGCGUCCGGGGUGGGCGGGGAGGUCGCCGCGCAGACGCCGCACGCUACGCCGCCGGCGCCGGCGUUUCGCGUCGCCCGCUUCCGGCCGCCGCGGCCGCCAUUUUGCUCGCGCGGAAGCUCCGCGGUGGGGUGGGAACCCAAGCGGGAGAGCCGCGGGCUUUGCGGCCGCCGCCAUGCCGUCGUCCCCGCUGCGGGUGGCGGUGGUGUGCUCGAGCAACCAGAACCGGAGCAUGGAGGCGCACAACAUCCUCAGCAAACGGGGAUUCAGCGUCCGAUCCUUUGGAACAGGGACUCACGUGAAGCUUCCAGGACCAGCUCCCGACAAGCCCAAUGUUUAUGAUUUCAAAACCACAUAUGACCAGAUGUACAAUGAUCUUCUUAGGAAAGACAAAGAACUGUAUCCCAGCGGGUUGCCCUUUAAAAACCCCCCGUGUGGUCCUCCCUGGAAGGUGUUACGUGUGGCUCGGGCACAGGAGGCGUGUCACCCUGUGCAGUGCACACACUGGCUCCUCCUCUGUCUUUGCGAGAGCUUGGUUUCUAUUCCUGGUGCACAUCGGAUCGUCCACGGAAGCCCUGGUAACCUGCGUUUGGAAAAAUCUCUAAGGAUUUCUGAGGAGCUGUCAGUAGGCCGUGUCCUCGUCCACCGUGUGUGGGGCACGGCUCCGACAUGGCUCUGCUCCCGUCGUGGGCUGAAAAGGAGCAGGUGGGGCUGUGCCUCGGAAAGGAGGCCCUCCCGACAUGCCUUUGUGCGGGCUCCCUGUCCAUGUGUCUCCACCCCGAGCCUUACGGCGAUGGAUGACCACAGAGCCCCUUCCAAGAGUCUGGUUUAGGGCUGGGUCUUCCCAUCGCCCUAGAGGAGGCUUUCGUCUCAUCUCAUGAUUCACAUUAAACUCUGAUGUGCCAUGAAGCUUACCCUGAGGUCCUGUUUUUGAAAAUUACUCUUCAGUUAGCACUGUUCAUUUUUAAGUUCAUGUAUAUUCAGUAAGAGAAAGAAAAGCAGAGAGUGAUGCACAUCCUCACACUCCCUUGAUUGGUGUAAGCUCAGCUCCUUCAUGUCAGCCCACUGACUUCCCAGGUUCCAGACCUGGGAAGUACUUGCCACGUUCUGCAAGGACUGAGUUCAGCUUCAGCAGUCUCAUCCAGAAGGACUUGGUAUAGGGAGAGGAUGAGCCUGUCUCUGGUCAUUCUAAAAGAAGGAGCUGAGCCCAGUGUCCCAGAAUUCGGAAGCUCCUCCUUUGCAGAGGGACUGUAGGGGUUGGUGGUCUCCCAGGAAGCAUCUGCCCAGAAGAACCCCGCGUGCGUGUGUGUGCUCUUGGUGUGUGGUGCGGGGAAGGAGUGGCAGCAGGGGUGGCCCUGGGACACUGUCAGCCACAGGCUCUGCCUUGGGGACCUCGUGUGGGAAAGGCAUUGCCUGUGGUGGCCCCUCAGGAGGCGCUAGGAGGAGCGUGCCUUCGUUACGUUGCUUAUUUCACUCGAGGGGCAUCUUUGUCCUUUGGGUGGGGGCAGAAGGUGCAGAACGGGGAGCCUGCCACUUAGCUAAAGCUCUUCCACACGAUGCUCUUGGCCUGGAAAGGAGCGAAGUCCCCAGGCAGUUCCCUGUGGACAUUGGCACGACGCUGGGUGGGGCCUCGGGUGUUGAGAUGCGCAGGUCGGGAGGACCCCGAUAACGUUUCCUGGUUAGCGAUGGGUGCAGCGGGCCUGCGGGAAGUGACGGUUGCAAGUGACAGCCUGAAAGCAAAUCUGUCCACAGCAGCCAGUGCGUUGGCAGGAGUCAUCGCCAUGAACUGCAGUGGAAGCAAUUGGGGGUUCAAGAUGUGACCCAAAGAUCAGAUGCAGCGCUUGGUCGAGUGUUUACAGUGUCAAGACAAAGGACAGGCCAGCGCGGUGGCUCACGCCUGUAGUCCCAGCACUUUGGGAGGCCGAGGUGGGUGGAUCAUGAGGUCAGAAGUUAGAGACCAGCCUGGCCAACAUAGUGAAACUCCGUUUCUACCAAAAAUACAAAAAUUAGCUGGGCGUGGUGGUGGGCGCCUGUAGUCCCAGCUCCUCGGGAGGCUGAGGCAGGAGAAUUGCUUGAAUCUGGGAGGCAGAGCUUGCAGUGAGCCGAGAUCGCGCUACAGCACUCCAGCCUGGGUGACAGAGCGAGACUCUGUCUCAAAAAAAUAAGAAAGGAAGGACAAUGUGACUUUGGAGGAAAAUGCUGCUUGUUCAGAGGCAGGGCCAGGGUCGAGGGGGACCAAGUGGCCCAAGGUGAGGGAGACCCACCACCUCUGCCAUCUGCCUACUUGCCGUGUUGCCAGGGCCUAGGUUUCUCUGUGCGUGCCCACCUCACAGAAUUUCUGAUAAUUAAAUAAAUUAGGACAUGCACACACUGAGCCUGAGACAGAGUGUUUUAAAGCCCUCAAUAAAUUUUGGCCAGUUGUCCUAUUA